AUGUCUUCAUACUGUGCCAACUACUACGGCUCCGUCAACUGCCACAAUGUUGUCAACCGCUUCGGCGACCGAUGCAAGCUCUGCCUGGCUCUGAAGAGCGGUGCGUCCCUCACAGAUGGCAUCCUGCCCGAGGACAAGUACCGAAAGAGCAGCUCGGCCGUUGAGGCACCGAGGAAACACCACCACCGCAGCCACGAUGGGUCGUCCAGGUCCAUCCGGGUGGACUCCUCGCGACACAGAUAA